AUAAUAAUCGUGUAAACGUAUACGCGUGUGUAUACCGUAGUUGUGAAAUCUACGGUACAAUCGUCGUCGCGUCGGUUUUAAAAAAAAAAUUAAAAAUAUUAUGUAGGUGCCUCUAUUUGCGCGUUGUACAUGAAAUUUUCAGCCGCUUUUCUCGUAGAGCUGUAAAACUGUCGUUGCUAUGGUGCCUGUCGUAACCGAUAAUUAACGCUGCCGCGCCGAGACCGUAACGCACGAAAACUUGAAACGACGUCGUUUCGGUGCCAGUUAAUGACACGGACAGCCGUGGAGGACACCGUUUGACAUUAUAUUAUUUCAAUUCCGACGACGGUUUUACAUCGAUUUUGUUGAUCACUCGUCAGCGCUCAAACGGAAAUAACUUUCAUCAUGGUAGUGGCCAACGCAAAUGGUAGCGCGUACACACCGACCGUUGUGGCGCAGGUCCGUUACAUGUUGCAGUGGUUCGGCGAGUGGAGCGAAAUGGAACGCGGCGACUUCCUACCGGUGCUGGUUCACGGGUUCGGGAGCAACAGCGGCGCCGCCAACGGCCUGCCGGCGAUCAUGGAAACCCUGUGCAAAGAGGAAGGCCGUCCGCUCAGCCUGUUCAAGUGUCGCAUCAAGCUGUUCACCGAGUGGGUCCAGACGUGGUCCGACGACGACAAAGACAGCUUCCUGAGCGGCAUACGUUCCAUGGACACGGACUUUGCAGAGAGAUACGAACAAAAAGCCGUCGGCCACGUGGUCAGCAGCCCCGAGCACUGCAAUGGUAUCAAUGGCGAUGGAAAUCCCGAUGCAUUGCCGGAAGAAACGAUUUAAAAUGGACUAUGAUCAUCGCACAUUAUAGACUCUGUGAUUUCAAAUAAUGGGUACUUCGUUGAGGGUUUGAAAAGAGUUUUGCUCAACCAUUCCUUUUUGGUUAUGGAAUCUUAUGUGACGGCUUUAAAUUGAAUCAAGUUUUAAAAUAGAUUUUUACAACCUACACACUAUUAUUAUAUAAUACUUGAUACAUUUCAACCUAUAAUGUACUUAAUAUCUAUACAUCUAUUACUUCGAUAAGUUAUUGUAUGCAUAUCAAUUUAUCGAAAAAAUUGUUACUACUUAUUUUGUAUUUGCGUACAAAUACUUUCCUAGAACCUUUUUAAUGAAUUUUAUCACACUUCAAGAACUCCCCAGUGAUUAUGAUUGUAAUCAUUAAAUCUAUGUAAAUGUCUAUGAACUUUU